UGAUAUGUAUUGAAUCGCUUUUGAUCUUUGAGUUAAUUUUGAUCUCAUAGAUAUUUUCUAUUUUGUGGCAGAUGGCACGAAAUUCGAACCCUACAUUUCCUAUAUGUUGAGGACUUUGCUUGAGAUUCAAUUCAUCUUGACAUUAGAAUUUUACAUUACUUACUAACAAAAUCGUUUUCUUCUUUCAAUUUUUAAAAACCUGAUUUACAGGUCCGUCGCCAAUCACCCAAAAGCUACUUGUCCACUAUGCAAGUAUCCUAUGUCGAUUGAGGUAACAUUCGUGCCUGCCAAUACUGGUUUAUCCGGUGAGGAAGGCUACGUUAACGGUCUCAUAACAUAUAUGGUGAUGGAUGAUUUGGUGGUGAUGCCCAUGUCUACCAUCUCUGGUAUUGCAUUGCUUAGCAAGCUCAAUGUUACAAAUGUUCAAUCUUUGGAGGAGAAGGUGGUGAGUUUUGGGAUGGAUGAGGGUUUGAAGCUGUUAAAGGCGACUUUGCAUUCAAAAAUGGUGUUAACAAGUGUCUUCCUUGGAGGCAUGAAAACAAUGGAUGCUUCAAGUUCCAUUCCCCGUGAUCCUGUCACGGUCGGCGAAACAGGGCCUACCGCGGAUGCCUCGGUGAGCACAAGCAAAGCCAUGUCUGAACCUCCUCCAAAUGAAGCCGUUGCUUCUUCCGAUCCCAAGUCCAAAGAGUUUCAUGAAAGGGUUGAGGAAUGUUUCAACAUUACCUUCUGCGGCCAAGAUAAUAUCAUAAAAGAGCAGAAGAGGAUUCAGAGGAGGGUUGAUUACUUUGUCGCGAAGUUGAAGGAGCAAUUUGGUGCAACUUACUUUUCGGAGGGAGAAGAAGAGGACGCUAAUUAUGUGCCUCACGAUAUCAAUAUUAUAACCUAAUGAAGUCCUUCGUUGAUCUUUAGCAUGUUAACAAAGUCAUUCGGUAUGAGCUCGUUGGGAACU